GCCGCUCCGAGCUCGGAAGGACGCUAGAAUCUGGGAAACACUUGUUCCAGCUUGAAUGCAGUAAUAUCCUUGAAUUUCACUGCUGUACAGGUAACCCUGAGAUACAACUCUAAUGCGUCCAUCGAUUCAUUGGUUGCCAGCAACACGGCUAUGUGGUUUUAGUUGAGCGAUAUGAUCGAGCAGGAGACCCGGGUCUGGUACUUGUGUUGUCACUACGUUUCCUAGGCACCUGCAGCGUAAUGUGGGCCUUCUUAAAUCGCGUCGUUGUUUUCUUGUACAUGCAAAUUCGUCCAACAAUCAAGUGGAUAAUGCGAAGUGUUACACACUUGUGCGAACUACAGCGUAUCUGCUACGGCACGGAGCCGGGAUACCGACGGACCCGAGACUUGGAAUGGAGCAUGCAGAUGUCCCGCACAACGGCCAUUCGUGCAAUCUGCGAAAGACUCAAGCAAAUGGCAGACGAAGGACGCUUUUCCAAAGAGCAGAGCAACAACGCCGUUGAGUGUGCCGUGAUGGGAAUCGCUUACAUCAAGAAGGUCAACCCUCAGAUCCACAGCGAGUUCAUCCGAUCUCUCCGAAGGAGCAUACUUCAGAUGUUCGGUUACAGGCACCUCAUGGUUCAAGUGGAACGCCUGCGUAAGGUGCAGUUCAUGGCGCAAGACCCCGACCACCUCAACAAACUCCUGAGGUUGUGGAAGCUUCUUCGUCCGGACGAGCAUCUUAUGGGACCGGUAUCGAAGCAGUGGACGACGAUCGGUUUUCAAGGGGACGAUCCGCGCACCGAUUUUCGAGGCAUGGGCAUGUUAGGUUUGGACAACUUGGUUUUCUUCGCCACGGAGUACACGGACGUCGCGCGACACGUGCUCUCUCAUUCUCAGCAUCCCGAGUACGGGUACUCCUUCGCCAUCGUGGGAAUCAACCUGACGAGCCUGCUGUACCACCUGCUCAUGAAAGGCCAGCUCAAGUCGCACCUGUACAAUGCGGCCAGCGAACGGGCUCAGGUGACGGACUUCCACAGGACUUACUGUUACGUCUUCUUCGAGUUCGACAGGUUGUGGCUGGCGGAGAAGCCCACGGACAUUAUGGAGUUCAACCGCAUCAGGGACAAAUUUGAGGACUACCUGACUCAGAUGCUCGAGAAGGACAGCUGUCUGCUUAGGUUGAACGAACGCGUCAAAAUUGUUUGAGGCUAUUUUCAGCGAGACUGUGUUUCACGUACAUUGUCAGACAGUGCAGUGAUUCUCUUUUUAGGUGGUGGUUUUUGUUUGGAAGGCAUCACGAUGCAGAAUCUCACGAAUGUAAACCCAACUUCCACUAACAUUCCUCCCGGUGAUCAGAGACUUCCUUUCCUUUCUCCCUUUUGUCUUAUGUGUAGUCGUAAUUCCGACGGGGUGGCAACAAAAGAAGAAAAAGUCGAGUAAAAAUGUAGCACUGUAGUUAGAUAGCAGCAUGUUCACGCAUCUUCCACUGCACAUAUCACAAAACGAUUUGCAGAAAAAUAUUCAGGCCCGAGUAGUUUCAUUACCACUAAUAAGUGCUUUGAUAGUCCAACAAAGCGUAUGUAUUAUCUGAAAUCUCAUAAACUUCUGAUCUUUACUUGUAAUUGACGUGCAAGCAUUAAGGAAGAGAAAUUAUGCCAUGCGAGUUUUGUGGUCUUACGGUGAGCAGGGCGUUUUUGUGUGUGUGGCAAUAUGCCUCAUACCAUCAGUAUUACUCCCUCUAGGGCAAGUGCACAUGUGCAAGCAUGUACUCAGUGAUGCAAUAAUCAUUCCAUCUCAGUAUGCAGAGCACUUUUGUGCCGCGUUAUGACUUUGCUUUUUGCAAGUCAGUGCGUGUUGUGAGCAACACAGCCAGAUAUACUCUAUUGUCAGGCAGAAAUUUUCCUAUAAAAACCUCAUUGAGGUCAACACAUCAUACAGGACUGGGGAGGAGAUCGGCAUGCCAAGCCCAAAUGACAAUUUUUUUUUUGUCAAUGAUUUCGAAGGUUAUCUUUUGUGUGGAAAAGGCUACUGGAGAUUAAGAAUUUUGAUUUUUCUAGUUUAUAAUUCGCCAUUUCCCCGAUUGUUUCGAAUCAUCUGUGCGGCGAUUUUCUUGUCAAAAGAUGUUUUUUUUUUGGGCACAGCAUGCAUUGUGUUAUACGAGGCUGUUCCAUGAGAAAGUAUGCAGAAGAAGAAAAAAAAAAUAGAAAAGAGAAGAAAUGUUCUCUGCACAUGCACUCAUAGAGCUUGGAAUCAAAGCUUCUCUGUACUUACUUUCUGCAAAUCAAAACAUUUGCUUUGUUACUUGUUAGAAAAGACAAUAGGAAAUGAAGGUGUACAUGGCAGAAGCACGGCACUAUAUUUAUUUUGCACCACAUGCACUUCACUCAUGCACAUUGUUAUUCAUCGUGUUUUUAGAAUAAAUUGCUCUCAUUUUU